AUGGCGAAAGACCAGCGCCAGUCUGCAUGGACGGACCUGCAACCGGAUCUCCUGCUCCUGGUCCUCCACCACCUCACGUCCCUCUUGGACCGCGUCCGAGCAGGCGCCGUCUGCAGGUCGUGGCGCUCCGCCUCCAGCCUGCUCCCACCGACGCGGCUCCCCUGGGUCGUGUUCGGCGACGGCACCCUCUUCGACCUCGCCAACGACAGCGCGCCGCACCCGCACUACCGCCUGCGUCUCCCCGAUGACUGCUGGCGCUACAGCGCCGGCGAGAACAUGCUGUUUCUCGUGCACCAGCGCGACGGCAGCUGCUCCCUCAUGAACGCUCUCUCCGGUGCCAGGACCGAUCUCCCUGAGCUAGCUGCUAUCUUGCGGACUGACAACCUCUGGCACCGAAAGCCAAACGAGCUCAGGCGCACCCCCCAUGACCCACACGAGCCCACGAUGGCUAUAGGAAAGGUGGUGUUAUCUUCAGCGCCGGACGACCCCAUCGUCGCCGUCCUGCUCGAAAACAAAAUCUUCGUUUCUACUUGCCGGCCGGCCGGAGAGAGCAACUCAUGCCUGCUGGUGUUGGUUCACGAGGCCGUCGACAUGGUUCUGUUUCAAGGGCAGAUCUACGCCCUCUCCAUCAGACAUGUCCUCUCGAACCUCAACCUCAUCAAUGGUCACCUCGACAAGCCGACGCCGCCUGGCGUUGAACCAAAAGUGCGGUGCGUUUUAGAUUUGAUAAAGAACCCGUGGUCAUGGCAGCAACAUGAGCAAGAUGAAGAAGACGUUUUCAAGCAAGAUGAAGAAGACGUUUUCGCUGACCCCCUGGUCGAGCUAUAUCUAGUUGAGUCUGGCGGCAAGCUCUUGAUGGUGAAGCGAUGGCUCCGCCGCCCAUGGAUGCCCUGCUUCCCGGAAGGUAGAAGAACUUUCUGCUUGCAGGUGUGGGAGGCAGACAUUAGCGAAGGCCAGUGGAAGAAGUUGGACGGCAGCCUAGAAGGCCGGGCGCUCUUUGUGAGCAGGUCUUGCUCUAAGUCUUUGCCCGUCGGUCAUGGAGUUCGAGAAGACUGUAUCUACUUCCUGAAGAACCUCUAUGUGUCGAGGAAGCCGAACGCACCUCUCGGCGACUUUGGCGUGUACAACGUUAGAGACAAGACGUUCACCCCUUUGUUGCUUGAGUCAAUGCCAUCGCUGCCGUGGAAGAGUGGGCGGUUUCCAUCAUGGUUUUUUCAUGGCCAAGUUUAA